AUGGAUACGCCGGUCGUCCCAUUCUGGGGACCCCCGACUUCUUACUUAAAUUUCUGCGAAGAGGACUACGUCAUAUCGCGAUUCGUGGCGGAGUUUAUCAACACGUUCAGCAGCUUUGUUUACAUCUGCUAUGGCAUCUACGGCCUCCUCCACCUCCGCGGAAAACCGCAAGCGGCCUUCCGCUCAAUAUCCUACCUCGGCCUCAUCGGCGUGGGUGUUUGCUCGGCAGGGUACCAUAUGACGCUGAAAUAUCAUACGCAGAUGUCGGACGAACUAUCAAUGCACCUUCUCACCACUCCAUUGCUCUACCGUAUCCUAACAUUCCAAGCAACCCCCAAGAAAACCAGGAUAGUCGGAAUCAUCCUCUCAACCCUCUUCACGAUCGUCAUGGUUGUGCACAUGGUCAUGGACGAGUUCCUGCUUCAUGCUGUUUCGUUUGGGUUGGCGGUUUAUCUUAUUGCGACGAGGACGUUGAGGAUUAUUCCUGGGCAGGUAAAGGAUGUGCAGUUGAGGGGAAGGUUGAGGAGGCUUUCUUUUUUGGGUGUUGUAUGUCAUCUUCCUCCACUGGUGUCUGAUGGGUUACUGAUGCGGUUUUUGGCAGUCUGCUUCGGAUUUGGAUACUUCGUCUGGCUGAUUGAUGAGUUUGGGUGUCAGUAUCUGACGCAGAUUAGAUAUGCUACUGGGGUGCCAGUGGCUUUUCUGUUUGAGUUACAUGGCUGGUGGCAUGUCUUCACUGCUAUCGGUGGGUAUAUCGCCGUUGCGAUUGUGGAUCUUAUUACCUCCGGUGAUGUGAACAAGGAUCCGACAAAUGGUCUUGCUUGGCCAGUUGGGACUGCGAUGAGGCUUAUAAAGAAGGGGAUGGAGGUUAAGAAGGAGAAUUAG